CGGGAGUGUACCAUAACCCGAUACAGAUGUGCGACGCGACUUCGGCAAGUUGGCGGCAGCCAACAUCCACCUCCCUGAAACGCAAAUGCGAUAGGAGUGAGUCUCCCAAUGCAGCACUCAAAAGAAGGUUUCGCACAAAUUUCACGGAAGCACAGUCAUUGUUGUUGGAGGAAGCGUUUCAAGAAUCACAUUACCCAGAUCAAACUGCAAAGAAAGAUAUGGCGGAGAAAUUAGAUAUUCCUGAGGACAGAAUUACGGUAUGGUUUCAAAAUCGACGAGCAAAAUGGAGACGCAAGGAGUUGAGAGAAAAAGAAAAGAAUCGCUAUGAUCAGUUUGUCUCCAAUGCGUACUUCUUUGAUACAAAUCAUCGCUAUGUGGAAUGUGGAACAAACUACAAUUUCAACAGACCAAUCUCUUCAGACCAACAACAACCCUCAACAAACUGUCAACUGUUCAUGUCAACAUCAUGCACUCAGUUGUAGUCACUGGGGCAGAUAUUUAUUGAGCUUAGGUUUGUUGCGGCCUUGAUAGCAUUUUCUUACCGAACUGCACUGGAACAUUCAAUAUAUCGCUUUAUUAUCUGUAAUUUC